AUAGAUGACGUUUUCGUUUGAUGACAAUUUGCCACCUGGCAUUUUUGUUUUCUUAUUAAUGCAAAAUUAAUCAAAAUUUUGUGAUAAUCCAAAUUUAAUAAUAUUUUAAAUAAUGUCGGAUUCAAUUUCGGGAGAUUCAUCAGCAGCAUCGGCUGCAAGUUCAAGCAGCGGUGGUAAAGUAACAUUUAAAAUAACAUUAACUUCGGAUCCAAAAUUACCAUUUAAAGUACUUAGCGUACCGACCAAUGCACCAUUUACAGCCGUAUUGAAAUAUGCAGCCGAAGAGUUUAAACAAAAUCCAUCUACAUCGGCAAUCAUCACUGAUGAUGGUAUCGGUAUAAAUCCAUCACAAACAGCCGGCGAUGUAUUUCUAAAACAUGGUUCCGAACUUCGUCUAAUACCACGUGAUCGUGUUGGUUGUUGGUAAAAUUGAAAAAAAAAAUUUUCCAAAAAAACACCAUCCGGUUUUUAAUGAA